AGCGCGGUCUUCACACGCGCAGCUGAGGAGAUGCGAGGCGUUACUGGUGCGGGUUUUCUCACGCCGAGCCACUUUAAAAACAGAAGUCACACUCUGAGGAACGCUUCUUGGAUGGUUUAAUAAGUUUAGCUUUUUUCACUAAGAUGCCAAAAUGACCAAAAAUUUCACUUUUGUCUUCAGUAAUAUGGAACAAAUGAACUGCCAUCAGCCGAAAACAUAAUUUCCGUUGUGAGAGGAAGAGAUUGUGAUUCUCAACAAUGGGGUGUGACAAUUCGACCAAUGGGACAGGUACGCCAUACACCCUGCUGUUGGCCCUUCCUAUGAGCGUCCUGGUGGGGUUUCUCAUCCUCCUCAUUGUCUUUGGCAAUGUGCUGGUGAUAAUCGCAGUGUUUACGAGCCGAGCUCUCCGGGCUCCCCAGAACCUGUUCCUGGUGUCUCUGGCCUCCGCUGAUAUAUUGGUGGCCACUCUGGUGAUGCCGUUCUCGUUGGCAAAUGAGCUGAUGGGCUGCUGGGCCUUUGGGCAGGUUUGGUGUGAAAUCUACUUGGCCUUGGACGUUCUCUUCUGCACGGCCUCGAUCACUCAUCUGUGCGCCAUCAGUCUGGACAGAUACUGGUCGAUCACGCAAGCCAUCGAGUACAACCUCAAGCGCACACCGCAACGAAUCAAGUGCAUUAUUUUUAUAGUUUGGAUCAUCGCCGCCGUGAUCUCCUUCCCGCCUCUGAUUACCAUGAAGAAGGAAGAGGGCAACACCUGCAAAAUCAACGAAGAAAAAUGGUACAUCAUUUCCUCUUCCAUUGGCUCAUUUUUCCUGCCUUGCAUCAUCAUGGUCCUCGUGUACGUCCGAAUUUACCAGAUUGCCAAGAAGAGAACCAGAGCGCCACCUGGGGACCGGAUGAUAAAGGAAGCGGGCAAGAAGGAGAACGAUCUGGAGAGGGAUCCCCAUGAGAAGCUCAAUGGGAAUCCAAACCCUAAACUGGACGACAAAGGUGAGAUAAAUGGCAUGGACUUGGAGGAAUCGUCCUCCUCGGACCACAAUGUCUCCAACCCUUGCUCCCUCAAGAAGAAGAGCUCAAAAGGAAAGACUAAGCGGAGCCAAAUCAAACCGGGGGACGGCGACAAGCGCGAGGUCCUUCAGACCACCAAGACCAGCAGGUGGAAGGGCCGCCAAAACCGGGAAAAGCGCUUCACGUUCGUCUUAGCGGUGGUCAUAGGCGUGUUCGUCAUCUGCUGGUUCCCGUUUUUCUUCACCUACACAUUGACGGCGUUUUGCGAAAGAUGCGUGCCAGAAACGCUUUUCAAGUUUUUCUUCUGGUUCGGCUACUGCAACAGCUCCCUCAAUCCCAUUAUAUACACCAUCUUCAAUAAUGACUUCCGAAGAUCCUUCAAGAAGAUCCUCUGCCGGAGAGAUAACAGGAGAGUGGUGUGAAUUGGGUUACUGUUUUUUUUUCCCUUUCCUUUAUCCAAUGUAAUAUAUCACCUGGCGUUUAUGGGAA